UCAGGGAGGCCGCCUCGAGAUCCCGGCGCGGCCGCCGGUCCCACCUCUGGGGGCGGGGCGAGGGCGGAGCAGGGAAAAAGGAGCGGACGGGCUCUCAGCCGGCUGAGGUCCGUGCGGAGGCUGAGCCGGCCGCGGGCGCGACCGGAGGCAGUUUCUGUUACUAUGGCAAUGACGGCAGGGACUACGACCACCUUUCCUAUGAGCAACCACACCCGGGAGAGAGUUACUGUAGCCAAGCUUACGUUGGAGAAUUUUUACAGCAAUCUAAUAUUACAGCAUGAAGAGAGAGAAACAAGGCAGAAGAAAUUAGAAGUGGCCAUGGAAGAAGAAGGAUUAGCAGAUGAAGAGAAAAAGUUACGUCGAUCACAACAUGCUCGCAAAGAAACAGAGUUCUUACGGCUCAAGAGGACCAGACUUGGCUUGGAUGACUUUGAGUCUCUGAAAGUUAUAGGAAGAGGAGCUUUUGGAGAGGUACGACUGGUCCAGAAGAAAGAUACAGGCCAUAUCUAUGCAAUGAAGAUACUGAGAAAGGCUGAUAUGCUUGAAAAGGAGCAGGUGGCUCAUAUCCGAGCAGAAAGAGAUAUUUUGGUAGAAGCAGAUGGUGCCUGGGUCGUGAAGAUGUUUUAUAGUUUUCAGGAUAAGAGGAACCUUUAUCUAAUCAUGGAAUUUCUCCCUGGAGGUGACAUGAUGACAUUGCUGAUGAAGAAAGAUACUUUGACAGAAGAGGAAACGCAGUUCUACAUUUCAGAAACUGUUCUGGCAAUAGAUGCAAUCCACCAGUUGGGUUUCAUCCAUCGGGAUAUCAAACCAGACAACCUUUUACUGGAUGCCAAGGGUCAUGUAAAAUUAUCUGAUUUUGGCUUAUGCACAGGAUUAAAGAAAGCUCACAGGACUGAAUUUUACAGAAACCUCACACAUAAUCCACCAAGUGACUUCUCAUUUCAGAACAUGAACUCAAAGAGAAAAGCAGAAACAUGGAAGAAGAACAGGAGACAGCUGGCGUAUUCCACAGUUGGGACACCAGAUUACAUUGCUCCAGAAGUGUUCAUGCAGACUGGUUACAACAAAUUGUGUGACUGGUGGUCUUUGGGAGUGAUUAUGUAUGAAAUGCUAAUAGGAUAUCCACCUUUCUGCUCUGAAACACCUCAAGAAACAUACAGAAAAGUGAUGAACUGGAAAGAAACAUUGGUAUUUCCACCAGAAGUACCUAUAUCUGAGAAAGCCAAGGAUUUAAUUCUAAGGUUUUGUAUUGAUUCUGAAAAUAGAAUUGGAAAUGGUGGAGUAGAAGAAAUAAAAGGUCAUCCCUUUUUUGAAGGUGUAGACUGGGGGCACAUCAGGGAAAGGCCAGCAGCAAUCCCUAUAGAAAUCAAAAGCAUUGAUGAUACUUCAAAUUUUGAUGACUUUCCUGAAUCAGAUAUUUUACAGCCAGUGCCAAACACCACAGAACCGGACUACAAAUCCAAAGACUGGGUUUUUCUUAAUUAUACCUAUAAGAGGUUUGAAGGGUUGACUCAGCGUGGCUCUAUCCCCACAUACAUGAAAGCUGGGAAAUUAUGAAUGAAGAUCACAUUUGCCCACACCCAAGAGAACUCAGGUAGCUGCAUCACCAGGCUUGCUUGGCGUAGAUAUCAUCAAUACACUGAAAUAUUCCCGAAGACUGGUGGUGCUUAUCGACUACAAGAGGAAAUUCUACAGGAUUAGAAUUUCUAAGACUACUACAGGAAUUGGUUGGCAGUGCCAGCUGGCUUUUUUUUUUUUUUUUAAUAUUAUUUUUGUUAACUUUAUUAUACAAAGGUACUGGAAUAAAAGGAACGUACAUCCCUUUCUAACUGCACUGCCUACAUGCGUAUUAAGGUCCAUUCUGCCUGUGUGUCCUGUGGCUUUGUACUGUAACAUUUUUAAUCAAUUCAGGAGAAACACAUAUCAUUUAAAGCAACAUAGGCUACCCUCUAGGUAACACUGCAGUAUUGCUAUUUUACUGCAAAUCUUAUGGGUCUAGAUAAUCAAUAAAAGCCAUCUUCCAUAGAUUGGUAUUAGAAGACUUGCCCUAUUGGUUUGGACAUCUAUAGACUAUAUAUGAAUUCAAUCUCUGUAAUGGUUUUAAGAAAUUUUAAAAAAGGAAAUACACUGGUUAUUUAUAAAAUAAAAUUUAUGAUCAUGUUGUUAUACAGACUUCAACAAUAGGGAGUGACAGGUUUAUAAUAAGGAAGAGGAAGUUUAACACCUUCACUUAGGCACUCCACUAAUAGAUUUACUUUGCAUUCAGAAAUACUGAUGACCUUUUUAUAUGUAGUCUCUAUAGGGAGAUGUACUGUAUUAUAUAAAAUGUAAAGUUUCUUUUCUUGUGACAAGAGGACUUCUUUUUUAAUAAGAGGACAUGGCAUUAUUUUAAUUUGAUUAUGGUGAGUUGAAUUUAAGAAAUGACCAUGAAGGCUGCUUAUAGAACUAGUGUAUUUUUAUUAAACUAUUUUUUUAAAUGUCAGACUUCUGAUCACGUAAAUGGACUUGCAGAGAACAAAGAGCUAUUUACUUUGGUUUUCUAGAAAGAUGUUACAUAUCAUCGCUUUUAUUUCUUUUGAAGAAAAAUUUUCCUUUGAUAGUACUCGUAUUGUGCCAUUAUUUUCUUAAACUCCAAAUGUACCAAAGAUCCUGAACGGAGUGCAUGUCCUCAGCUGAGUAGACUUCUCCUUUCCUGUGGGAAUGCUGUAUUCAGACGUGGCAUCUUUGAUGGAGGUCAUCUUAUUCAAGGACAGUACUGUUCAUGCUCAGCUUCAGCACUGUGGUUUACAUAGGUGGGCUUAAGGACGUAAAUGCCGUCUGGAAGGUUGUGAUGAGGAGAUAGAAGGGAUAAUGUUAGCAUUAAAUUCUUUAGACAUUUCCCUAAGAAUUAAAUCAUCUUUUCUAAGUCACCAUUUUAAUUAAAAAGUGAUUCUUUGAGGUUUUGGUUUUGAUAAGUCUGAGUGAGGAAUACUGCUUUAUCAAAGAAUGGCCUAAUAUUUGUCUUCGCUGUUGAUUGAUAGAAUUCAUUUUAAAUGUAACAGUUAUAACCAUUGCAAAUGAUCUGUAAUCGAAAUCUAAAGUGAUGAUUUGUUUAUAGGAAUGUUCUUCUUAAUGGGGAACAAUAGCAUAGGAGCAUUAUGCACAUCUAUGAAAAAACUUGCACACAUGUUGUUGCUAGGUAGCUCCACAGUGUCUCAAUAAGACCAUUGAGGAUUUUUUCCCCUCAUUCUUUUUUUUUUUUUUAAAUAUUUGUUGACUAUUUAUGUGUUCUUCUAAUAUUUCAUUUCCAUUUUUCUUGAUUAGAUCAUGUGGCUGAGUAUCCAGGAGAGAACUAUUCAAAUUCUGGGAUUAUCUCAAUUUGAUUUUAAUAACUAUAACUGCCUUUAAUUUAAAAAGUAUUUAAUAACAUCUGCCAGGAUGUAUCAUGUAUUUUCCCCACUUGUCCUUUUUAAAAAAAGAACUGUUUUGCUAGUGUGAUAGUGAAUGGGUAAGGUAGGAGGACACGGCAGCACUCUGCUCUUCUAGUACAGAAAAGUAUCAUUAAUUCAGGUUGAGAGAGGUUGAUACAAAAGACCUGAAUUACCUAAAUUUACUUUUUAAUUGUAUAAAGUUAAAUUAUUCCUAAUUAUCAGGAAGGACUUGGAAACAGUUAAAAUUUCCUGAGAGUGGAAGAAGAGUUCUGGAAAGUUUACUUUGUUUAGAGUCUCAUUUUCCCUGGAGUUAGUAGGGUGAUUCACAAUCUUUGGGGUUUUUCUCCUUAUCAAAAACAUUUUUUAAGUGCCUAUCUAAAAGCAAUUAAAGACUGUGUCUCCCCUUUGGAAGCUAAGAAUUUGAUUCAUGAUGCAAAUUAACUAGAUAAUUUGCAGAAUAUCCUUUAUAUGGAAUUUUCUCUAUUACACAUUUCCCGUAUUUCAGGUGAACCAUUUAAUUUAAAUGAUAAAACCCUAUCUAAUCAACUGGGCAUAAUGACAUUUUCUUUAAAUUGGACUCUACUUUGAAUUAAAAAUUUUAUUAUAAACUGUGUGUUUGGUUUUUCUAAGUAUAUAGAAAGCUUGUAUAACUCAGAUUUAUUGAUUUCCUGGUUAAUGUAGACUUUGACUUUUUUAUUAAAAAUAUUUGUAUUAAAGCAAGUUAUGUUAUUUUUCUUCAUAUGCAUUUCUUGGAGCUUUAAAUCUUUAAAUUCAUUGGAACAUAAUGUCUGAAAAUAAGGAAUUGCUUAUAAAUCAGCCCGUUUUGAAUAGAAUAUGUGGCUGAUUUA